AUGGGGUUUCAGCAAGACGCUUCUACAACAGCUUUCUUACAAGAUUAUCCUGCUCAAUCCUUGCCGUAUUCACCUGCAUCAAAGGAACAGCAAUUUGUCUAUACAUUUGGUAUCCCAGGAGCAUUUCAGCCAGCCUUUUGGCCGGUUUCUUUGGUACCGCCAGUCGUUUCUCCUGUCGUCCUCCCUUUCAAUCAGUCUCUGGGUUUACUUCCACAAGCGCAGGAUCCUUAUCGACGCACGACUCUAAUAGAUCCACAAAACCAAUAUCGGACAACCGCACGUGGAACACCCAGGGCUCAGUCCCAUCUGACAUCAGACACUGCUUUACGCAGAGGUGGCCAGGCUCCAGGGCCACCGCGGUAUCGAUCUGACAUCCAUGGGAAUACUAGCGGCUCAGGUUCUGAGAACGGCGGUAGAUCUUUUAUAACAGAGACCCAGACUGCAGCCAUGCCCCAAUUAAGACGCGAAAACCUCCCCAGUGCCUUGCCUACAAGGCCGGCGUUGUCGUCGCAUCAAUCGAAUUCCCUCCCAUCCACGCCGCAGCAGCGAGCUCGCAAGCUCUCCUUUGGCUCAAGGUCACCGUCACCAAAUGAUGGCAACCACAGCCACUCGCCAAGAUCUGCAUAUUCCGAAUCCAAUAGUACGCUUCCCCCGCUUCGAAGGCCGCCACCAACAGGCUGCAGAUUUGAGACAGGAAUGGCAUACUUUAGAAGGAGAAUACCUUACUCAAUUGGUGGAGACACACUAGAACCAGCCAAGGAGACGCCCAAAGCGCGUUUAAGUGAGGAAGAGGAGAAGAAACUGAGCGGCGACAUGAGGGAACUCUAUGACCGAUUAUUACCGUCAAACGAGAGCGAUGAGCGAAGAUCUAAAUUUGUCCGAAAGCUGGAUCAGCUGCUGAAUAACAAAUGGCCCGGGAGCAAUAUCAGGGUCCACGUUUUUGGGUCUUCUGGUAAUCUCCUUUGUACGAGCGAGUCGGAUGUCGAUAUAUGUAUAACGACCACAAUGAAGGAACUUGAAAGAGUUUGUUUACUAGCAAAUGCUCUGGCUGAACAUGGUAUGGAACGGGUCAUCUGUAUACCCACUGCAAAAGUACCGAUAGUGAAGUUUUGGGACCCCGAACUUCGCCUAGCCUGCGACAUGAACGUGAAUAACACGUCGGCGCUGGAGAAUACUCGAAUGGUCAAGACUUAUGUGCAGAUUGAUGAACGGGUUCGGCCGUUAGCAAUGAUCAUCAAACAUUGGACCAAGACGAGGAUUUUGAAUGAUGCUGGUCUUGGCGGCACACUCAGCUCCUACACGUGGAUAUGUAUGAUCAUAAAUUUCCUCCAAACUCGAGAUCCUCCGAUUCUUCCAGCGCUUCAUCAGUUGCCCCAUCGAAAGCGUCCGGCUGUCCCUGGAAAGGAAUCGGCGUUCGCUGACGACAUUGACUCCCUACGUGGAUUCGGAAAAAAUAACCACGAGACGCUUGGAGAGUUGCUCUUCCAUUUCUUUCGCCGCCACGGGCAUGAAUUGGACUAUGAGAAAUCAGUAAUUUCUGUUCGGCUCGGGAAAUUGCUCACAAAGGAAGAAAAAGGGUGGCAACUACUUCUCAAUAAUCGGCUCUGUGUUGAGGAACCUUUCAACAUCUCCAGGAAUUUGGGUAAUACUGCCGAUGAUACGUCCUUCCGAGGCGUCCACAUCGAACUGAGAAGGGCAUUUGACCUCAUCGCCGAUGGGGCCAAACUCAGGGAAUGUUGUGAUCAAUUUGUAUUUCCUGCUGAAGAGGAGCGAGUAUGGGAAAAGCCACCCUCUCAACCUCGGCCGGCCGUCCUGACCCGAAGUCACUCGCAAUCUGGUGGGCGCAGCGGAAGAGCUCAGUUUACAAAUUCACGAGGACAUCGACAUCCAAACAAUACAUAUUCUCGCGGCCAGCAAGGAGGACGACGAUCUUCCAGUGCCACUGCAUACGGAAAUGCUAAUUUGAAUAAUUUCCAUGGGCCCCAACCUGGGAUUCCGAGUCAUCAGUAUUUCCUCUCACCACAAGCGCAGAAUCAACUGCACGACCAAUUAUUUCAACGCUAUCAGCUGCUUCAAGUCCAGGAGAGCGAGCUGAGGUUCCAGCUGAUGCAGCAAGCUCAGGCCCAGGCUCAAGCCCAAGCAAGCGCGUAUGCCCAAGCGCACUCCAGAGGGCAGCCUUCUUUGGACACUCAAGCUAAUUUGAAUGGGCGUCGCUCAAGCUCCCAAGAGGAACCUCCACUGCCCAGCCAGCUUGGAUCCGAUCUAUUCUUACACCCUCUGCAAUUCGGGCCAUUGCCCCAUGCAACCCAAACCACCCCCCAGACGAAUCCGGCUUCUCCAGCAGCACCAAUUGCGGUGCCAGAAUUGCGGCGGAGUUUGCAACGUUCACCUGGCCAAGAGGGUUUUGCGACCGCAUCUUUGAGAUCUCACUCCCAACCUGCUAGACCGAUUACUACUCUGAACGGAUUUGUUCCUACGCCAUUUAUCGUCCCCAGCAUGGGUGGCUUUCAAGCAAUGCAACACAGCCAAAGCCUUCCGGCGACGAGUCCUAUGCACGGUGGCGACAAUAUACUUUAUGAAUCUAGUCAACGGUCUCUAGCUGAGGAUCUACCGCACGAGGACGACUUGCGAAAGGAAUAUAUCGGAUACUAUUUGGGUGGUUCCCCGGUUGCUCCAUCUUCUCAAGUUGUGCCCGUCCAAGGUGUUUACCCGUUUGGGGAAAUCUGCUCUCGAGAUGGGAGAGAUACUCAAAUCAUCGCUGCACCUUUUGGGCAUUUCCAAGAGUCUUCCAGAUCACCUUCGCCCCUAACCCAUCGGAGAAGUCUCUCCAUCGAUCAACAAAGGUUGACCACUUCAACGUUCCCAAAUUUGAAAAGGUCAUUGGCUACAGCGCGGGCUAUUGAUACCAGUGGGCCAUUAGUCGUCAAUGGCUCGAAUUACGCGCCACCUACGAUAGAUAAGGAGCAUCACGGCGUGCAAGCAAGCGGGAAUACUUCGGCAUCAGAGGAUCACAGCUACGACACGUCGGCGACUAUGUCGGACACGCAAUCCUCAGAUGCAAUUCCGGAGGGCGAUUAUUCCGAGCUGUCACAGCAGCUUCAUGCUCAAAGGUUAUUGGAGCUUCACAAUCAGGCUCAGAAGCCAGCUCAUGACUCGGGCUCACGGAUCAAUGGAGUUUCCAGCCAACAGGUUAGCCCUCCGGAUGUUCCAGCGACCAAAUCUUCUAGCCAAAAUGCACAGACAUCCAAUCGCUCUGCGUCAAAGUCAGGUCUCGCAAAUGGCGUCGAAGAGGAGUGUAAGGUACACCGACCUCCUCCAAAGGAGAAAGGUUUACGCGCUGAAAAUAUCCGUUCAGGAGCGCUCUCCUCCGAAGCUCUUCGAACAAAUGCAAAAGGCUACCAUGACCCGGCCUUGGCCCCCACCUUGUCUCCAGUGCGCGAAUCUAGGACACCUUCUCCCACAGUAAGUCGGAAAAAUGAACCUACAACCGGUGGGGGAAAGCGGUCCAAGUCACCAAGCCGUGACAUUCAAGGUGCAUUUCUCAAAGCUCAGCAAAAAGCGGCUGCUGUGGCAAAUAAACAUUCGCAUGUGGAUCACCGAGAGAAAGCAUCCGGAGCGAACUCUGUGAAUUCCCAUGGAAAGGAUCGGCAUGGAGUUAAUACCGCAUCAAAUGGCUGGCAGCAGCCUGCUAGAAAGGGCAACAAAAAGGGAGGCAAGUCGCAUGGAGCACCAAAGAACUCUGACUCCAUGAAGGAUCGCAGGGAGCCACUUCCAGUCAAUGAGUCAGAGCGGAAAGGUGGCUAA